CGUAUAAUAAUUAAUAUUUAUUUGGUGAUUUUUUGUUUAAUUAUUAAAAUGUUAAGUAGCCAACUAAGCGUUGACUCGGUUGCUUGUCGUAUUUGUCAUGAAGAUGGAAAUUUCGAAGAAUUAGUUGAACCAUGUGAAUGUUCCGGUACAGUUGCACUUAUUCAUGUAAGCUGUUUAGAAAAAUGGCUUACGACGUCAAACACACGUUCUUGUGAAAUAUGUAAACAUAAGUUUUCACUGCAAACACUCAACAAACCAAUUAUGCAGUCGAUUCAACAAUGGUUGAAUAUAAAAAGUAACUGUCGAGGAUUAAUAGUAGACAUGAUAUGCAUACUUGUUCUCACAUUCUUAUUCAUCGCUGGGAUGUAUCUUUGUUAUAUUGGUGUUAUCCACUUUACCCAUCUCAGGAAUUGGGAGAGUACAAUAAUAUUAACCUUGUCAAUUGUACUAAUAACAGUUUAUUUUAUUUGGCUAGCUAUUACAAUAAGAUACCAUUUGCAAUCAUGGAAACAGUGGCAUAAGAAAAAUAAAGAUAUUAAAUUAUUGGUGGCGGGUUUUUCUAAUACCGCCAGGCUACAGAAAAAACAAUUUAAUGUGAUUCAAAGAUCAGUUAGUAGAAAUGAUGGAAGCAGCAGUGGACUGAAUCAUGAUGAUAAUAACGUUAACAUUAACUCAAAUGGUGUAAAUAAUUUAAAUAGAUUUCGAUUAUGGUAUCAUAGAUUUUUUAAUACUAAUCAAGAUUUACAUCAGCCCACUCGAGAAACAUUAGUUUAA